AAUUUCCUUAUAUAUAUUUUAUCAUUAUCAUCUUUUUUUUUUAUUUAUAAAUUAACUUUCAUUCUAUUUUUUUAAUCCAUGCAUUUCAUUUGAUACCUAUUACUCUUCACAAUCUUUUCUUUAUUUCCAUUUAUAUAAUCAAAAUACUUUUAUAUAAUUAUUAUGAAAAUCUUCUUCAUAAACCGACUUUUAUACAAAAAUAAAACUUUUUUUUCUUAUUAUUUCCAUCUAAAAUUUUCCUUCAUAUCUGUUUCCGUCUUGGCGAAGUUUCUAUUCCUAAUCCAAUCUUUUGAUUUCUAAAAUAAAUCUUUUUUUAUUAAAAAUAUAACUUUUUUAUCCUUUUUUCAUUCUUCUUUAUAUUUUUCAUCAUUUUUAUGGUAGUAAAUACCUUUCACAUUAAUUUUGUCAUUAACUUAAUGCCUUCCAAAUACAUCUGCUGUAGGGUAAGUUAAAUUCUAUAUUCCAUAUAUUAUUUUUCUAAUAUCUCUCAUUUUUUAAUCAUUUAACGAUUUCUAGAUUCUAUAACUAUUUUGUUUGCCUUAAUACCGAUUUUUUUCAUAUAUUUUGCCUUUAUCUAAAAUUAUAAGAAGUAAUUUUAGCCUUUAUUGAGUAUUUUUUUUUGCUUUUUGGUUAAUAUUAUUGGAAUACUUGUUAAUGUAAACAAUGCAAACAUUAAAAACAGUGAUUUUUAUAGUUUAUAUCAUCUUAAUAUUGAAUUAUUUUGUUGGAUUUUUUAUAUUCCAUGGUUUUAUGUAGU